GCCUCUAGUUAUGUACUACAAUUAUUAGCUUUGUCCUUGACUAUCAAGAUAUUCACGUGGAGGUUGUUACCUGAAAUCAAUUUUGGGUAAUCUCUUGAUUAGAUCACCAAGGCACUAAGGCGAAAGUAAGGAACUACUCGGACUUACUUUCCCUUUAGAAUUUCUAUUUACCUAUUUAUCACUUAGAGUAAACAGCAGACGCAUAAAUCAAAAUUGUCGGUAUGGUAGCAAUUGUAUUAGGCAGUGGAUGCGAAGAGAUAAAUGAUGGAUCAGAGAUUGGGCUCAAGGAAUUGUUUGACUCAAUCAAGCAUCUAGCAUUGAUCAAAGGAUCAACAGGGGCAGCGUUGGUAACGCAGAUUAUCAAGCCUUUUCUUUCACUCCAUGAGCCGAAGGGAAAAAAGCAAGAGAAGAUGGGUGUAUAAUGGUCUUUUAACAUUAAACAAUACGAUCAUACAGGAACGACUCUACCCACCGGUCAUGGUUACGUACAAGUUUGAGGAAAGUCAAAACACUACCCGUUAACACAACAGUGAUAAGAGAAAAAUUAUCUCUUCAUCUUUUGUUAGAAAUUCUUUUUCUAUAACCAAAUCAUUAUCUGUUUCUUUCAAACUUAUUCUUUCUUUUUCUGCUCCUGCUGCCUAUACAAAAAGAGAUCAACUUCUGAUAGGUCCCGUAGCAGUUUAUAGUCUCGGCAAAGAUUGAGAAGUGGUGCAUUCAUGUUGAAUCUGUUCAGUUUCCGGGGGCUGCCUUGGACUGGUGCUAAUGGUCAGCAAAAGGUUCAGUUGACGGCUGCAGAGUUGGAAUCACUUAGAUCGGAACUCGCUGAUAUAGAAGAGAGAGAAGCUCACAUGAAAGCUCGGUUGGAACAUAUCGAUGGGAUUUUGCGAUCGGCUCGACUUUCUGGCUAUUUGUACAUUCGAACCAGAUGGACAGCUUUACCCGGAGAACCUGCUCCUAUCGAUGAUACCAAAAUCAACGAUUGGCUUCCUCGAUUCAUUGUUCUUCACGGCCAAUGUAUAUUCUUCUAUUUACUCUCCACAGAUUUGAGCCCUCAGGAUUCCACCCUACUAUCCGAUGUGGUGGAAGUAGGUUCCUUGCCAUGUUUUACGAGAGAAGAUGAAGGAACACGAUAUUCCUUUUAUAUCUUAACUCGCCAAGGACUGCGCUAUGAAUGUUCACAUGUUUCUCAAAUACAGGUGGACACCUGGCUAUCGGCUUUGCAGACAGGCUGCAAGGUGGUUUCUGAAUCUGAUGUUUUAGUUCCAAAUGGUUCAAGUAAAAAGUAGAAUCAUUUACAGAUUUUGUAACAGUAAGUUGUAAAUAUAAGGUGAAAGUUACAAUUACUAACAAAUUGUCUUGUGAAUGUAAAUAUAGGAUGCCACUUUCCAUUAAUAAAACAUCAUCCAUCUUCGAGGAUUCCUUAAAUUUAGAAAUGACAAA